GUGGAGCAUGAGCUCAAGGCUAAAAUCCUAGUAAUAAAAGUACUAUGAGAAAAGAUGUCUUGCAAAGAGCAGGAACUCGAGCAAUUGCAAGCUGAGUUGGCAACAGGAGUAAGGGGGAACGACAUCCUAAGAUGCGAAAUCCAGUGAGCACAAGAUGCAACUCUCUCUGACCCACAAGUUGAAGGAUCUUGAACUGCAGAUGUUGAGGAAGGAAGAGAAUAUCAACCAACUCCAAAGUGAUUUACAGGAGUGUAUGAAGGAGCUGACGAUCACGAAGGGGAUACUGUCGAAAGUGACAGAGGAGAGAGAUUUGAUGUGGGAGGAAGUGAAGCAGCACCAUGAGAACAUGCUGCUGAACUACGAAGUGAACUCAAUGAAGAAGAAGAUGGAAGCUCGUGAAGACGACGUGCUUAUCAAGGAAGGCCAGAUUACAAUACUGAAAGACAACAUCAACAAGAGGCCGUUGGACAUCCUCUACUCUUCCAAGUCCAUGCAAGAACUCACAACACUGCAAUGAAAUGAUGAUAGGUGGGAUUAAAACCCGUGUUUGAUUUUCGU